UAUAGAUUAAAACGGUGAAUAAAUGACAUGAAUAUAAAUGGAUAAAAUUUAAUAAACAACGCGUUCUCGUAGUCCACUAUUAAGGUAUUGUGAUAAUUAGUAAGCAAGGCAAGCGGGUGUAACACAAAAUAAAAUAAAAUAAAAAGGCUUCUUCUAUAGGUUGGUAAGCGGCAAUCCAGCUGCCAUUCCUAUUUGACUUCUCCUUUCGAUCAUGCUUUUCAACCAUCCUCAUGAAUCAUUCUACAUCAGUGAGGAGGCUGGUUUCAUCUAGAGCAAUGAAAUGUUUCUACUUCAGCAAAGACAAAUCUCAGGAUGGUGAAGCUAAGACUAGAAAGUUUGGUUCCAUUACGAUGGCCAGAGGAGGAUCAGGGUCUGAUUUUAACUCAGAUACAAGUACUGCUACUUCCAUUACUUCCUCCUUGCAUGUCCUCUCAGAGACACACAGUAACAAUCUCACAGUAUUUGCCCUCGAUGACCUUAAAACCGCUACCAAGAAUUUCAGUCGCUCAUUAAUGAUCGGGGAAGGUGGCUUCGGUGGUGUGUUUCGUGGCGUCAUUCAGAACCCCCAAGAUUCUCGUAAAAAGAUUGAUAUUGCAGUGAAACAACUCAGCAGAAGAGGUCUACAGGGGCAUAAAGAAUGGGUGACAGAGGUUAAUGUAUUGGGAGUAGUGGAGCAUCCGAAUCUGGUGAAGCUGAUCGGUUAUUGCGCUGAGGAUGAUGAGAGAGGGAUCCAACGGCUACUUGUUUAUGAAUACGUACCAAACAGAAGCGUUCAAGACCAUUUAUCCAAUCGUUUUAUAGUCACUCCUCUCCCUUGGUCCACCAGAUUAAAGAUUGCUCAAGACACUGCUCGAGGACUCGCUUAUCUUCAUCAAGGCAUGGAGUUUCAGAUCAUCUUUAGGGAUUUCAAAUCCUCCAAUAUCCUUCUUGAUGAGAAUUGGAAAGCAAAGCUCUCUGAUUUCGGACUGGCUCGAAUGGGUCCUUCAGAUGGAAUCACUCACGUCUCCACUGCGGUUGUAGGGACCAUUGGUUAUGCAGCACCGGAAUAUAUCCAAACCGGACACCUCACGGCUAAGAGUGACAUAUGGAGCUAUGGAAUCUUUCUAUAUGAGCUCAUCACAGGGAGACGGCCUUUUGACCGUAACCGCCCAAGAAACGAACAGAACAUCUUGGAGUGGGUCAGACCGCACUUGUCCGACUUAAAGAAGUUCAAGAUGAUCAUCGACCCAAGACUUGAGGGAAACUACUACCUCAAAUCGGUGUUGAAGCUAGCUGCAGUUGCAAACCGGUGUUUGAUGGUAAAGGCGAAGUCGAGGCCAACAAUGAGUCAAGUUUCAGAGAUGUUAGAAAGGAUAGUGGAAACGACAUCAGAUGAAGCUCCUUCAGGACCGCCAUUGAUGAAGAGCUUGACACCUAAAGAUGCGUUCGAGGCAUCGAGGAGGGAGAGAGUUAAGAGAAGAUUUGUUGAACUUUUGAUUGGGGAAAAUGGUUGUCCUAACUUGCCUACUUGGUCUCCUAAACUUGUUACUUCUAUUUGAUUUUUGAGAGAACAACAACUUACCGUUUGUGUUAUGCAAAUAUUAUUGUCGUUACUUAAAAGUUAUAACUCAUCCCAAACUCUC